AAGGCCAAUAUCAACCACAAAUCGAUAGGUUUUAUAAAGACAUUCUCUUUAGUUACAAGAUAAAAGGAACUUUGGGAAAGUCAUAGAUCUUGUAUUAAUCAGUGUCUAAAACUAUUUGAGUUUCUAUUACAUGUAGUGGUAUCUACAAACAUAAAGAUUUGUAAUUUGUUACAUGAAGUACUUUAUGAGUUUAGGAAUCCAUAAUUGAAGACAUGAAAGACAAGCACGAUCAGAAAGACCCAACAGGGCAUAAAAGCGGCCAUGGAGGUUCGGACAAAACAGAAAAAAACAGUCAUCAUCAAGAAAAGCACCAUGCCAAUUCAGACAAACAGCAUGCCCAUUCAGACAAGACACAUGCCCAUUCCGACAAACACCACGCCCAUUCUGAUAAACAUCAUGCGCAUUCAGAUAAACAUCAUGACAAGCACCAUUCCCACCAUGACAAGCACCAUGCCCUAAAAGGGGCGACAAUAAAUGCCACAUCUGCCAACUCUUCACAUCCAAUGCGCCAUAGAACAAAGAGUUUUACUAGAAAGGAUACUGCACAUUCUAUAGGACAUGGGUCGGUCAAAGGUCAUGGCCAUAAGGACCACGAUAGAGGCAGUGUAGCUUCUACAGGUGACCUUCAACCUGAAGUCAAAUAUGAAAAUACAUAUAAAAUGUUACCAGACUACAGAUUCUUGGAUUCCCAGGUCAAGCAAAUAAUGCUGAAUGUGUUUGAAGAAAAUGUUAAAGACGACCUUUACGAUAACUCUUCAAUGGGACAAAAAUGUAAACUUGCAAGUGAAAUAAUUAAAGAAAAGGUGAAAUCUUUAAAUAUGCAAAGAUUCAAAUUCAUAUGCCAUGUUUUAGCAGUACAAAGGGCAGAUCAGAGUAUGGUGAUCACUUCUCGAUGUUUAUGGGAUCAAAGAUUUGACAAUUCUUCCACAGUAACUGUAAAACGUGGUGACUAUAGUGUUAUCGGUAUGGUUUUCGCUGUAUAUGCAGAAUGAUGUACACUGUAUAUGACUUUCAUAUUUAUAUUUGCUUAUUUGGUGUUCAGUGUUUAAUAAAUGAAGUGCUGUAUAUAAAACGGAUUCUGUUGCAUUACUUGAUUUCAUAAAGACAAUUAUGUAGGCAAUAAGUCGUGAUAAUUUUAUUUUUUUCUUAUCUUAUUUGUUGGUCUUAAUUAUUUUCAUUUUUUUAAACCAUUUUAACUGUAAAUUGUUUA